AUGACUUCGACGGCGCAAUCGUCUGAUCGCCAAGCACAGCUUCCGACAACAAAGCGCCAUCAGAUAGCCGUCGCUUGCAACAAAUGCCGAACGCGCAAGAUCAAAUGCGACGGGCGACGCCCGACGUGUGCGAAAUGUGCCGACCGCGAUUUGGACUGUGUCUAUUCCGCUGAACCAGACGCACCUCCGAUGAUCGCUCUCAAACGCAAGCAUGAGGCACUACAACGUGAGAAUGACGAAGUCAAUCAACUUUUGAGCCAUCUCAAAUCUGUUACUCAACCGGAUGCACUGAGAAUCUUGGACUUCUUUCGCGGUGGUCAAGAUGUGUCGUCGACCAUUGAAUUCGCGCAGACGUUACCUGCUCCCGGAGCAUCUGCCGAGCAACUUCUUAGCACAUUUCGAGACCAGAAUGUGUCUGAUGGAUCUCUGACAUCCGUGCCGUACGGAGGAUUCUCAAGUCAUGCUUCGGUUGCUUUGGAUUUGAAUGGAGGCCGUGACAGAUAUGACAGAAUCACCACUCAUCCUCGUCAGUCCUUCACGGUCGAUUCGGGUACCACGUUGCCUUCGAUAUCUGCUCUACUUGCAUCCCUUCGUGAGCCGCUAAGUCCAACUCUACCACCUCAGAAAAACAUGCGCAUUAGAAGGUCCCCGAGCGCGCCAAACCUUCGGCAGGUACAUGCCAUUCCAUCGAGACAUCGUACAUCACCUUACAUCUGGCUGUACGACGAUCGACUCUCCCAUGCUAAGGCUCAGGACUGGAACGUCACAUACGUAGACGAUGUGGGUUUUCGAAACAUCAUCAGUUCGUUCUUCGUCUGGGACCACCCUGCGAUACACAUGUUUGAUGAAGAUGAUUUUCUUGAUGGUCUGAUCAAAUUGCCAUCUGAUACAUGUUCCGAAAUUCUUGUUCAUUCAGUCCUGGCAUAUGGUUCGGUGAAUUAUGCGCACGUGGAUCAGGAUACCGCCGCAGCAGUACUCAAGGCCUCGUGGGCCGAAGCUGAGCGCCUUUGGGACACGUCAAUCGACAAGGAAUACGAGUUGGCUAGCGGCGCUGCCGCCAUGCUGAUCUGGGCCUUACACACAUUCAAUGGUGCCGACAAGCUUGGAAUGCCAUACCUCUCGCAGAUGCGACAUAUCACCACGAACUUGGGCUUGUAUGAUAAACAACGGCGUUCCGAAGUCUAUGAUCCUGUGCAACCCAGAAGAACACAAGCUAGAGCUGUUUUCGCGUGGGGGAUGCAUGAUUGGGCAGUCUUCGCUGAAGUCGCAUUCAGGGCUGAUCUGGGUUUCAAGGACGAGCCGCCAGUCAAGCCGCCGAGAGUGGCGAGCAAUCCAGAACACGAAGAAUGGAUGCCUUGGCCCUGGCCGAAGCAAGGAAGGACGGUUCCAGCGCUCAGAUAUGAGAUUUUUGCUGCACAAGCGGGCCUUGCCACUAUCUUCAAGAAAAUUAUUCCUCUGCAAAGACAGUAUUCUUCUGGACCUCUGAACCAGGACUAUCUGACAGCUUCGCUUGACCUCUAUCAACAAUUUAGAAGUUGGUGGGACACCAUUGAUCCAAUUCUGAAGAGCAUGAGAUUCAUGGACGAAGCACCGCCGCAUGUUUUCCAAGUCAUUUGCACGUAUCAUUUUGCGAUCGUAGAGUUGUUCCGACCAUUCACAAUGACAUCUUCGCAUCCUACACCACAUGCGGCACCACUAAUCAGGGCUAAGCUACCGAUAGAGCCAUGUCUGUCUGCCACCAUCGACUCUGCCUUGCAAGCCCGUGCGCUUCAAAAUCGGAUUGCGAAGCUCUACAGCCAUGAUCAGUUCAUGAACUUUUUCCCUUUCUAUGCGCUUCCCGUGGCUUUCGAGACCCUGCCCUCGAUCUCCUCACUGAGUCCAUCGUUCUCAUAUCACGCCGCCGCUGCUUUUCUCAAUGCCCUUCGCGUCCUGUUCCAUGCCAGCAAGCAGCUUCCAGUCAUCCAAUAUGCAGCAAUGGGCAUCGAACAAGCGGCGUCCACCAUGAACAUUAUCCUGCCCGAUGAAGCGAAGGCGAUAUUCCAAGCUUUGAAGCGCAGGGUUGCAGAGGACGACGACCGCGACAGGGGUAAAUCGAAUUGGGUUGUUGUUUUCAAUACUGCUAACACGAACGUCCAAGCGUCAAGAUUGGAUAACCUUGUCAGAGAACUAAACAAUCUCAGACUCGCAACUUCGAUACCUCACCAUAGAAACAAUUAA